GCUAUUGCAUCAGCUGCACUCAGGGUCAUGCAUCCUCGACAGUACUGGGCAGGCAUGCAAGCCUUUUCAAGCCUCAGUGAGUCAGCUGAAACCAAGAAUCUUCCGAACAUGUCAGAGACCCUCAAGCUCUGGGCCUCCAUCUUCAAUACCCUCUCUGUCAUUUCUAAUUGGCAAACCCCAUAUCAUAGAGACCACUUAUCAUCUCCCGAGUGGUUUGACAUUCUCACAACUGUGGGGAAUUAUUCUAAUGCUCGCAUGAGCAUGCCAAGCCUUCAGCUGGAGUUCAUGAAGUAG